AUGCGCACCUUGGCCGUCGCGCCGACGGCCCGUCGCGUCUCGCUACUCCCACUAGCGUCGUUCUGGGCGCAGCAGGCAAACCAGCGCUGGCGCAGCUGCACUGCGGAAACGAGCACAGGUGCGGGCGCACGCAGGCGGGGCUUUGCGACGCGCUCGUUACCAUGCUCCCAGCCGCGCCGCGCAGAGCCAAGCGCGCAUUCUCCCCCGCCGCAUUUGCACGCCGCCGAUCCGCAGCUCCACCCCUCAGGACGAUGGAACAGCCAGCAACCCAUCGCCGACAUACGCCCUGCUAGCUUUGACGCCGCUCCAGCCGUGUUUGCCGCAUCGCCACUCCAACCCGCGGAGACCUUCCACAGCGCCGAGCAAGAAGCGCGCUAUCUGCUGUCGCUGCGCGCGCCGAGCGUGUUGCGCGCGUUUGCAUUCUGCGCUCUGCUCGCCGCCGCCGCGUUCGGCCUCGCGGCGUACUUCACGCUCGCAGAUGCGGACGCGCUCGCGCGCCGCAUCCGUGAAGAGAGCGGGCCGUUUGGCGACUUUGCCUCGUUCGCUGCGCGCGCGCUCGGCGCUGCAACCCGGAGCGAGCACGGCGUCAGCGAGGGCCAGCUGCGCGCGGCAAAAAAGCAGGUCGCCGCGGAGCGCUAUGGCCGCACGCUCACGUCGCUCGUCGGCUGGUGUGACCAGCUGCACCUGCCGGAUGGAGUCAAGGAGUUUGUUGGGAGAAGCUAUGUCAUUCUUGCUGAAAGCUACCUCAACCUCUCGCCAUCCAAAGAGGGUGUUGUUCCGAUCAUCGCACUCAACACGGCCGUGUUCGGCGCAUUCCUGCUCGUCCCGAGUUUGUACCCAUUCCUCUUCCGCACGUUCGUGCAUGCGCCCUGGCUAAACGGGACGCGCAAAGUGUCGACGCUGCUCACGUCGACCUUCUCGCACCAGGCGCCAGUGCACUACCUGUUCAACACGCUCGCUUUGUGGUCCUUUGGCGCCGCCGCGUUCCUCAGCCCGGCCUGGCCGCUGGCCUCGCCGUUCAGCCUGACCGAGCACCGGCGGCAGCAGGCACACGCGCACAGUGGCGGCAUGCUCCCCGAGCCGAGCCAUGCGCCGCACUUUGUUGCAUUCUUCGCCGUGGCCGGCACUGUUGCCGCGUUGUUAAGCCAUGCUGUGCUUGCCAUGCGCUUUCGGCGCGCCGUGCGCUCCUCGGCCGCCUUCCGCAACUGGCGCGCCGGGCCCGGCCGCGCAAAUGCGCACGACAACGCCGAACUGCGCGCCCGCCUCGCUGAGUUCGUCUCGCACGCCUCGCUCGGAUCCAGUGGCGCCGUAUACGCCGCGUUGGUCAUGGCCGCCUGUGCGCUGCCCGAUGCGCGCGUGGGCAUCAUCUUUGUCCCCUUCAUUGCCUUCCCCAUCACCUGGGGCGUUGGUGCCAUGGUCCUCACUGAUCUCCUCGGCGUCGUGCGUGGCUGGAGGAUGUUCGAUCAUUGGGCACAUCUCGGAGGCGCAGCGUUCGGUGCGGCGUACUGGUACGCCGGUUGGGGCUUCUGGGAGCGCGUCAAGCGCGUCACGUACGAUGCUUGCUUCAAGGAUCGCAACCCGAUCGAGCAAAAGCGCGUAUAG